AUGGUUGUAUUUUCGACAUCGCAAGGCACAGCCAGCUCUUCUUUCCAUUGUGCUCUGGCUAAUCUCGAAAAAGCAGUAUUAGAUUACGUCUUUGAUCGCGUGUGCGUACUAGGAUUCAAGCCCGUAUCGGUGCCUGAUCUCGUCUCAAAAGAAGUGACAGAAGCAUGUGGAUACACUCUGCUAGAUGAGCCAGACGUGGCUCUUUCUGGAACUGCCGAAAUGGGUAUAUCAGCUCUUUUGCGGAACAAAACAUUUGCAGAGGAGCAGCUCCCAUUGAGAGUCGUAGCCUUGAGCAGGUGUUAUCGGCCGGAAGUAAGCAGCUCAGCCAGCGAGGCAAAACUUUAUCGUGUCCAUGAGUUCACAAAGGUUGAAAUGUAUGUAACGUGCACACCAGAACAAAGCGAAGCAGAAUUGGAUUAUCUUGUACAAAUACAGAAAGGAACAUUUGAGUCGUUUGGGUUGCAUUGCAGGUAAAA